CAGAUGGGGCUUAAGCUUGCCAGCGUAGAUGAGCCUCUUCUCCGCCGGGCCGGAGAAAUCCAUUCAAACCGGCGAAGGAUUCGAUGGUAAUGAAGUUCUGGUCCCUAUGAUAAUAAAAGGGUUGUUUAGGAGGUAUGAAAGAUGGAACCCAGUGCAUCCAACUAUGGGAACCUUUUGGGGCAUGGGAAUAGGAAUUGGUUGCGGCGUUGGAUGGGGUCCAGGUUUUGGCCCUGAAGUUAUCGGUUAUGUUGGAGCAGGCUGUGGAGUGGGAUUUAGUGUUGGUAUCACAUUGGUAGGCUUUGGUAUCGGCCUGCCUUCAAAUUAUCUCAUGCGAGUUCGUUCAAAUGCAUUGUCUGCAAGGAGGAGUGAUGCUUUGGAGUCCAGAACAUCAGAUACAAGUGUUGCCUUAAAAACCAUGGCCGAAGAUAGUUGGAACCACCUCAUCGUUCCCUCUGUAUCUUUUCUGCAGAAAGAGACUCAUCGAAGAUUUUCCGGCCUCAAAGCAAGCAUUCCAUCAAAACAGUUAUCCAAGCAUAUUGCAUCAACUUUUGAAUGCAUCAAAACAUUUAAUCAAGGACGAUGGCCGAGAGAAGAAGACACAUGAGCAGCUUUGUGAGAAUGAGUUCUGUACAAAAAUUACUAAAGUUGUUCUUCCUAAGCUUAUAAGCUGUGAGCAAGUUGGUUUUGUUGUCGGACGCUCUGUUUUUUUGAUAACAUCAUUGCCUUACAAACGAUUGUUCA